AUGCAACCCACCAACCUCCUCACUCUCCUCCUCCUAACAACCCAGCCCUCCCCCGUCCAAGCCAACACCGAAAAAGCCAUCUUCCUCGCCCCCUCCGCCCUCAGCAUCCCGCUCUCCCACCCCACCCUCUCCGAUUUACAUCUCCCAUCUCUUACUCCCGAUCACCACACCCUGCGCACGCAUAUCCAUGCCGAGUUUCCCACGGCAGAUGCACGAUAUGGAGUUUCUUCAUGGUAUCUACUCGAUGAGUUGAAAGAGGGACAGCGAUAUGAAGUGCGAGUAUGUUGGGCUGCUACGGAUCCAACUUCAUUUCACCUCCAAACCUAUGAUCUACCUACGGUAUUCGAAACUUCGGAGUUAAUCACAUCUCUUGCACAAUAUUCCGAGACCCAUCAACCUCUCUUCAACGAUCUCUCCGAUCCCACAUCCCAAAUUCAAGAUUCGGAGUCCAGACACAAGCACAAGGAUGCUACAUCGUCAACUUUAUUCCUGCAGAUUUAUGCAGCAGCCGAUUAUUACACCAUGAACCAAACUCUGAUGGAAAACGUUCCACCCGUAUUAAUUGACAUAAUUCUCGACCCCUACAUAUUCAAUCUCCUACCUCAACCAUUAGUACCAACAAUCGCCUAUAUAAUAUUACUUGCUAUCGGAAGUUGGUGUAUCUCCCGAUACGUCAUGAUAUGGAUAUGCAAGGUAGGAACUGAAGAAUUGAAUCAUGAGAAGAAAGAAUCAUGA